UUUUAGUACCGGCAUACGUGCCGCAGGGUGCACCCGAUCUCACGAGAUUUAUUUAAAACUUAAUUUAAAAUUAAGUAAAUUAGUAAUAACAAAAAGUACAUGGAUAAUUCGCAAUAAAAAUGGAAGCAAAACCUGAAAAUGGCGUGGAAUAUUCCUUCUGGGAUUUUAAAGGACAAGCCGACUAUGUGGACAGCUGGUUCCUCAUGGGUACCCCUUACCUGCCGUUGCUGAUCAUCGUGAUGUACCUUCUCUUCGUGCUGAAGACCGGGCCGGAGUUCAUGAGAGAUCGAGAGCCGAUGAAACUGCGGAAUGUACUCGUGGCCUACAACGCGUUCCAAGUCAUGGUGUCGUCCUAUUUGGUUUACCUUAGUCUUGAUGGUAUGAUUCGUUUUGGUGUAUUCCAUCGGAUAUGUUUGUUUGAAAACGAAGAAAUUAGAAAAGAGGCAUUAUCCAGCUCCUAUUGGUUUCUGCUAGCAAAGGUGACAGAACUAGUGGACACAGUAUUUUUCGUUCUGCGAAAGAAGCAGAACCAAGUGACGUUCCUGCACGUCUACCACCACACCCUCACGAUGGUGGUUAGUUGGCUGAUGGUCAAGUAUGGGAAGACUGACGACCUUAUCUUUCUUGGGGGCGCGAACUCAUUUGUACAUGUUGUCAUGUACGCGUAUUAUGGUCUAUCUGUGUUCCCUGGGAUUGCCAAAUAUUUAUGGUGGAAAAAGUAUCUGACGAAGUUGCAAUUGAUACAAUUCGUGGCAAUCAUAGUGCACUUACUAGUUAAUUCAUUCAUAUCAAAAUGCCCUCCAUCAAAAUUGGUUAUUGCAAUGGUGUUCUUUAACGCGACUCUCUUUUUGUACCUGUUUUCCGAUUUUUACGUGAAAGCCUACAUGAAGAGUAGGAGAGACAAAAAGAAUUCAAGCCUUGGGAAAGAUGUUUUGAAUGGUUCUCUUAAUAGGAAACAUAUUAUGAAUGGAAACACAUCGAAGAAAAUCAAUUAAUGAUUCAUGACAAAUAAUAUGACAUAAUAAAAUAUUUAUGCUAUC